AUGAGUAAGUUGAAUAGUGCAUGGACAAACACCAUGAUGCUGCUCACGAAAUUAUUGAGACAAUUCGGUGGGUCUGCGAAGAAAUCCCAGAUCUCAAGCUUGCUAUGGAAAACUAUGUUUUAAUUGACUAUGAUACAAAAAGCUUUGAAAGCAUGCAGAGGCUUUGUGACAAGUACAACCGAGCCAUUGAUAGCAUCCAUCAGUUGUGGAAGGGAACCACCCAACCGAUGAAACUGAACACUCGUCCCUCCAACGGGCUCCUCCGGCACAUCCUGCAGCAAGUGUAUAACCACUCGGUGACUGAUCCAGAGAAACUGAACAACUAUGAGCCCUUUUCCCCAGAGGUUUACGGAGAAACUUCCUUUGACUUAGUGGCCCAAAUGAUAGAUGAAAUUAAAAUGACAGAGGAUGAUUUAUUUGUUGACUUGGGCAGUGGUGUGGGUCAGGUGGUGCUUCAAGUGGCUGCAGCCACAAACUGCAAACAUCACUAUGGUGUGGAGAAAGCUGAUAUUCCAGCCAAAUAUGCUGAGACGAUGGACAGAGAGUUCAGAAAGUGGAUGAAAUGGUAUGGGAAAAAACAUGCAGAAUACACACUGGAAAGAGGUGACUUCCUCUCAGAAGAAUGGAGAGAGAGAAUUGCUAACACAAGUGUUAUUUUUGUGAAUAAUUUUGCCUUUGGUCCUGAGGUGGAUCACCAACUGAAGGAGCGAUUUGCGAACAUGAAGGAAGGUGGGAGAAUUGUGUCCUCAAAACCUUUUGCACCUCUAAAUUUUAGAAUUAACAGUCGAAACUUGAGUGAUAUUGGCACUAUAAUGAGAGUUGUGGAGCUAUCACCACUGAAAGGGUCGGUGUCAUGGACCGGGAAACCAGUUUCUUACUACCUGCAUACUAUUGACCGAACCAUACUUGAAAACUAUUUUUCUAGUCUCAAAAAUCCAAAACUCAGGGAGGAACAAGAGGCAGCUAGACGUCGUCAACAAAGAGAAAAUAAGAGCAACACAACUACUCCAACGAAGGUUCAAGAAAACAAGGAUUCUGGUGCUGAAGAAGAAAAGGCUGGGGCAAAUUCUGUUAAAAAGCCAUCUCCCUCCAAAGCACGGAAGAAAAAACUAAGUAAAAAAGGAAGGAAAAUGGCAGGCAGGAAACGAGGACGUCCCAAGAAAAUGAACACUGCAAAUACAGAACGCAAGACCAAGAAGAAUCAAACUGCACUAGAACUUCUGCAUGCUCAAACUGUUUCACAGACAUCUUCAUCCUCUCCUCAGGAUGCAUACAAGUCACCUCAUAGUCCAUAUUACCAACUACCUCCUAAAGUGCAACGGCAUUCAUCUAACCAGCUACUGGUGACACCUACCCCACCUGCACUACAGAAGCUGCUAGACUCUUUUAAGAUCCAGUACAUGCAGUUCAUGGCAUACAUGAAAACUCCUCAGUAUAAAGCAAGUCUGCAACAGUUACUGGAGCAGGAAAAGGAAAAGAACGCUCAGCUACUGGGGACAGCACAGCAGUUAUUCACCCACUGCCAGGCACAGAAAGAGGAAAUCAAACGUCUUUUUCAGCAGAAACUUGAUGAGUUGGGAGUUAAAGCUCUGACAUACAAUGACCUGAUUCAGGCUCAGAAGGAAAUCUCUGCUCACAAUCAGCAACUGAAAGAACAGACGAAACAGCUGGAGAAGGAUAACAGCGAACUCAGGAACCAGAGCUUACAGCUGCUUAAGGCACGGUGUGAAGAACUGAAGCUGGAUUGGUCAACAUUGUCACUGGAGAACUUGCUGAAAGAGAAGCAGGCGUUGAAGAAUCAGAUUUCUGAGAAACAAAAGCACUGUUUGGAAUUGCAGAUCAGCAUUGUGGAACUUGAGAAAAGUCAAAGGCAGCAGGAGCUCAUGCAGCUGAAAUCGUACACGCCGUCUGAUGAGUCACUGUCAGUACAGCUACGCAAUAAAAACCAUUUGAGCCGUGAUCCUGAGGCUGAUCACAGCAGGUUCCAACUGGAGCUCGAAUGCUCUAAGUUUCCUAUGCCCCACAUCAAUGGCAUGAGUCCUGAACUGUCCAUGAAUGGCCAUGCUACUCCCUAUGAAAUUCAUAACACUUUUAGCAGGCCCUCUUCCAAGCAGAACACCCCUCAGUACACAACCUCUCACCUGGACCAAGAAAUAGUUCCGUGUACCCCAAACCACAGCAGCAGACAGAAGGCAGACAAGAUGACGAGCUUGUCCUUACCCGAUUAUACCAGGUUUUCCCCAGCUAAAAUAGCACUGAGGAGACACUUGAAUCAAGACCAUGCAGUCAAUGGAAAAGCAACAACUAAUGAGAUACAGAGAGCUGACCAUGUCAAAGAGAAUGGCCUUACAUAUCCAAGCCCUGGUAUUUCAAAUGGCAUAAAGCUGAGUCCUCAGGAAACUCGGCCCUCUUCCCCAGCGGCCUUACCAAUUGCAGGCGAGAAGGUUUUGAGAGAGAGAACCUCUGUGAGUAAUGGAGAAACUAUCACCAGCCUACCUAUCAGUAUUCCUCUCAGCACAGUGCAGCCCAAUAAACUCCCUGUUAGUAUCCCUCUGGCCAGCGUAGUCCUACCUAGCCGUGUUGAGAAGGUGAGAAGCACACCUAGCCCAGUUCAUCAGAGUAGAGACUCAUCGACACUUGAAAAGCAGAUUGGUGCUAGUUCUCAUAAUGGCGUAAGCAAUGCUGCUGGAAACAAGCCACUGGCUUUGGCUACCUCAGGUUUUUCUUACUCUUCUGGCUCCGUGGCAGUCAAUGGAAAUCUUACAAACAGCCCAGCCCAUCUUAACCAUAGUGUUGAUCAGGCAGCUCUGGACGACUCUGGGAGUCUGUUUAACUCAGUAGGGUCUCGGAGUUCCACUCCACAACAUCCUUUGCUAAUGAUGCAGUCAAGGAACUCUGGGCAAAACUCCCCUGCUCACCAGCACUCAACAAGCCCCAGGUUAAAUGGCACCUCCCAGAGCCUGGUAGGGGUAUUGCAAUAUGCAGAUGCUCAGAAGAUGUUUGCCGAAGGAACAAAGGGGGAUCUUCAGUCUGAUGCAGCGUUUUCAGAUCCUGAGAACGAGGCCAAGAGAAGAAUCAUCUUUACAAUCUCUCCUAAUACAGGACAUGUAAAACAAUCCCCUUCCAACAAGCACAGUCCUCUGCCCACGAGCGCUCGGCUGGACUGUGGCCAAGCACACGCGCAGGAUGGGAAGAAGCGAGGUCGGCGGAAGAGAUCCUCUACUGGGAAUCUCAGCGGGAACUCCGGGGUCUCCCCUAAACGCAAAUCCUUACCUACUGUGUCUGGACUCUUUACGCAACCAUCAGGUUCACCGCUCAAUAUCAACUCCAUGGUCAAUAACAUUAACCAGCCUUUAGAAAUAACAGCCAUUUCCUCUCCUGAAAAUUCCCUGAAGAACUCUCCUGUUCCUUACCAGGACAAUGACCAGCCCCCGGUACUGAAAAAGGAAAAGCCCAUCAUUCAGACCAACGGUGUUCAUUACUCUCCUCUAACAUCAGAUGAAGAGCAGGGAUCUGAAGAUGAGCACAAUAGCAGCAGAAUUGAAAGGAAAAUUGCAACGAUAUCAUUGGAAAGCAAAUCUCCACAGAAGACUGUUGAAAAUGGUGGCAGCUUAUCUGUGAGGAAACAAGCACAAAGCAACGAGAACAUGAAUAGCAGUAAAUGGAAAUCUACUUUUUCACCAAUAUCUGACAUCAACCUGACCAAAACUACAGACAGUCCCUUGCAGUCGGUUUCAUCUCUGAGCCAGAAUUCGCUGUUUGCCUUCAAGCCUUCCUCUGAGGAUAGCCUUGCCAUCGACGCCAAGAUCACAGCACACGCAAGGAAAAGCAUUGCCAUGCCCUCGUCUGGGGCAGAUGGGCUCAGCCCUAGUACAAACUCCACUAACGGAUUCACGUACAAUGGUGGACUGUCAACUGACAUGGGUUUACACAGCUUUAUCGAUGGUGCUUCUCUUCCGCAUAAGGCUUCGGACGUGACGACUUCCAACUGCUCCCUGGGUUUCCAGUCGCAGCGAAGCAAAGAUGUGGGGAUAUCGGAAACGAAUCCUUUUUUGAACAAGAGGCAACUCGAAGGCCUCGGCGGCACGAAAGGAGAAGACUUAAAUCGGUCGGGGGUCAAAGGCAAAGAGAUCAGCGAAAUAAGCAUUCGCACUGGGGUUUCUUCAGAAAAAAACUCUUUGCAGCAUAAUGGAAAGGUCGGCAAAGGAAGGGACCGAGAUGUGGAGUUUAAAAAUGGCCACAACCUUUUCAUUUCUGCUGCUGUUUCGUCUGGUGGCCUUCUGAAUGGUAAAAGCCUUUCUACUGCUGUUUCUUCAGCAGGCAACCCAGCAUCUUCUGUUCAGACGCACCAUCCUUUCCUAAACACUUUGACCACUGGAUCACAGUUCCCCCUCGGCCCCAUGGCCUUGCAAGCAAACCUCAACUCGGUGACAAAUUCCUCAGUAUUGCAGUCCUUAUUUAAUUCAAUGCCAGCUGCUGCCAGUCUGGUCCACGUGUCAUCAGCUGCAACCAGACUGACUAAUUCUCACACUAUGGGGAACUUCUCUCCUGGGGUUACAGGUGGAACAGUUGGAGGUAUUUUUAACCAUGCGGUGCCUUCUGCCUCCUCUCCUCAUCAAUUUGGAGCCAGUUUCAGCAGCAGUGCUGUCUCUAGCAGCACAGUGCUAAGCUUAAACCCUCUGCAGGCUGUUGCCAGCACCUCAUCCUCAUCCUUCCCACCCCCUUCCUCUAAUUUAGUAACAUCUAGUGAGACUAGAUCUGCUCAGCACCUCAACAGAGCGCCAGUGCAAUCUGUUUUCCAUUCCCCUCCGCCCCCUCCUAACGUUUCAUUGCCCCCGCCUCCUCCAUUACUUGCUUCUAACUCCGAGCCUGCGCUUCUGCAGAACCUGCCAUCCAUCCCACCUAGCGAAGCUUUUUUGCCAUCCUCUUCUGCUGCUUCUGUCCAAUCUGCUAAUGCUUCUUUGUCUAUUAAGCUAGCUUCUCUCCAGCACAAAACCUCCCGCCCCUCCUUUACAGUCCAUCACCCACCUCUGCCCCGUUUGGCGCUGGCACAGUCCGCGCCCAUGAUCACGCAGUCCAACGCAGCUGGCACGUCCGCUAUGUGGGUUACACUUGGCAUGCAGUCUCCUUAUGCUUCGCACCUUUCUGGGGUUAAGCCACGAUAAAGAGCUUGCUUAGCUAACAGUUCUUAUUUUGUAAGGUAAGGCUAGAGAAAAAAACCGAGGAGUUUUGUACAAGAUGCUGAAUGAUGCUUCUUCCUUUUCAGAGAUAGCUUGGGGAUGGGCUCUGUGAAACAGAGAAACCUCUAAAAUGUGGGAAGCAAAUAAUCUGAUUGCAGAGGAUGGAGAGUCUUAAUGCUCUCUGUUCUGGGAGUCAGGAUUUCUCGACAAGGAGUGCUCACAAUGGUAACUCUGUCUUAGCUGACAUUAGGAUUAUGUUCAGGUUGGGAUCACUUCAUGAAAAUGUUUAUUUCUGAAGGUCAGUAAUCAGGAGGAAAUGUCUAUUUUUAAGUAUGUUUUUAUACACUUAAUGGAAGUGGUUGUUGCCUACUUUGAUUCCCCCCUCCCCUCUUCUCGCCCUCCGACACAGACUGUUGCAUCUCCACAAAUCCAUGUUCGCAUAGCGUUAGGAUGCGUGAUGGUGCUGCGUUGUGACUGUAUGUGGCAAUGUGGUGGUCUUAUUUUUACCGUAGCCAACAACAGCUGCUCUAAAUAACCAUAAAGUUCAAAAUCUUGAGGUUACAAGCUGCAGCUUUGCCUUGGAGAGCAAAUGCACUGGUCUUGCAUUGCAGCUAAUGUGCCCCCUGCAUCACUGGAAAACACAACCACAGGUAGCGAAGAAGGGUUGUAAUUUAUCUGUGCACUGCAGCUUUAUUGGACUUGCCUGCUAGGGCUAACAUCAGAUGCUGUAUUUAUGCUUACUUGGCGAUCACUGGCUUACUGGGUAGACUGUGAAUGAGAACACAGGGAAUCUGCAGGCUUAACUGUGGUCCGUGCUUCGUAAAGGCUGGGGCCACAGAAGAAAGGAAGGUUUCCGGAGACUGUACGCAUUUUUACUGAAGCAAAUAUUUAACUGCCUUUAGAACAACUCCAGAAUAAAGUGUACCACCACAGAGUUGGGUACUGUUGUUCAUGAAAAUACUCUGUGGCAUCCUGAUGUAAUAACAACUUGUGCUUGCAAAGUUAAAUCAGUAUGUUAGGCCCCAGAGCUUGCUCCGUGCUUUUCUUGUAGGUCUUUGAUGUUGUUGCUGUUCACUGAUACCAAAGCUACAUACGAUAUAUGGUUGAAUACUCUUUGCCGCUUAUAAAACAUGACUCAAUUACAAUAUACCUGAGAGAUUCUUUUGACUGUGCAUUGUGUAUAGUGUCUUCAUCAUCAAAUUGCUCCACAGACACAAACAAAUCCUCCUUAGGCUUUUGUGAGGCACGUAAGUAUUACCCCCGUCCUUCUAUAGGAGAAAGCGAGGCUGAGGAAGGGUUUUGAGUAAUGUGGUCCCUGUGCUCCCGCAGAGGCCGGCAGUGUGAUGUGGUUACAGAACGGGCUUGAAAGACCUUGAAUAGAAACAAGAUGGGGGAGAAGGGGCGAGGAGGGUUAGGCUUGGGGUUUUGUAUAUGUGAGCGACUCAAGCGAAAACAGGGUGAAAGCCUUCUGCUGACGCAGUCGCCUUACCUGGACCUGAGGUCAUACUGGGCUAGACUCCAUACCCUCGGGUGGGAUGGUCCCUGCCACAAAAAGGUUCUGAGCAAAAUAGGCAAGGCACAAAAGUGACGUACGGAGAAAGCUGGAUUGUGGGGGAAAGGAGCAGAAAUAAUGCCACCAGGAGGUGGUGUAUGACAGACGUUCCGUAGCUGUGAUCCCACUCCGUGUCGCUCUUGAACAUAGGUCAAAUAUUUGAGCAGUUUCAUUGACUUUGGUGUGAAUACUUGUGCUCAGAGUCCUUGAUGAACCAAAGCUGAAAUCUGGAAUUGGAGGCUAAAAUAAACUGCGUUGCUUCUCAUAAUGUUUCUCCCCCAGGGUAAUAAAAAAAUUCCAAGCAGAUCAGUGUGUGCUAGAAAAAGGUGAAGCACUGAGUGGGGAAAUGCUCCCCCGACUCGAGGUCGGUCACGGGAGGACGCAGUUCAAUAGGGUUACGCUGUCAGAGAGCUUUAAAAACUGCAGUAGCCGUGAGGGGCUGUGUGUCACUCUUGGAGGCAGCCUUUGUGUCUUAAUUGCGGUUGGGUCAAGAGUUGCUCCUUCUUUGCUGGCUAACGAGGUCUUGGAGCAAUGUAGAAAUGAUUGACGCAUCUAACACACAGUAGAUUUUUGUCUUUUAUUUAGAUGAGUCUCUUCCUCUCCUCCUGUUGUGCAGGUAACUAGGAUUUCUACCUCAACCCAAUGUGACCUAUGCAAGGACAACGUGGACCAACUUCACUCGGCUUCCACUGAAAGGUGCUCACCUGGCCUGUGCAGGGGUUUCUACUCUCUUACUACUGGACAAAAUAAAAACAUAAAAAGACCUAAACAACAGAGAAAAUAUUUACUGUGAAUCUGAGUAAAAAAAAAAAAAGGAAAAAAAAAAAAGGCAAAAGAAAUGCUUAAAGCUCCAGUUUGUAUUGUUGAUAGUUUAGAUAAAGUGAAAACAAUUUUGACUUAUUUUAUUCCACCUAGAAUCAUAAAUACAACUUAUUAUUAAAUUCUCCGAAUAAUAAAGGACUGGCACACCAGCAGAGAUGUAAAGAGCCUCCUCUCGGUGCUAUUUCAUCCGUCAGAACUGUGCCUCUAGUUUGAAUCCUUGGUGCUGAAUUUGGAGGGUUGACCAAUGCCAAACCCAGUUCUCAGAAAGGUCUGCAGUUUAUUUCUUCAUCUUGCUCUGUUCAUAUACCAAAAUCCGCUUGGUUUGCAGCAGUGUGAGCCACAGAGAAUGGCAGUCUUUUAUCUAACAUGUUGUUUUCAUUUGAACUGAGCCAGGCGCUCUGUUAACUGGGUGGUUUUUCGUUGUGUUCGUUACAGACACGAAUUCCGUACUCCCCUCUGGAGUGGCAGCUAGAGCUCCUGGGGUCGCCCGGGCAAGCUCAGCCAACGCAGGCACAGUUUGAACAGAAGAAAUUCAAGUCCUGCCCCAUUUUAACUACUUCACUGGGCCAUUUGCAGUUGCUGGUGGCACUCAAGUCACUGUGAAUUUUGGUAGCUAGUCUGGUAACUUGUUUUGGGAUGUCAUUGGCAUAUGAACAGGGUGCAUAAUCACUGGUAUUGGUCAGGCCCUUUUUACCAACGUUGGGAAGACUGAACAUAGCGCUUCUGUACUGGUGCAGGUAGCAGAGUUUCCCAGCUUGUAGUUUUCGUUCCGAGUACAAUGUAUUUUGUUAGUAGGGUUUUGAUACUUGAUUCAGAAAUGGCUUAGCCGUGUACAUUUAUUGAGGAAGUGCUUUUUGCUUUUGUAUUUAUUUGCUUUAAGUAGGUCUAAAUGGUAGUUCACAAAAACACCACAAUCUAGCUUACCGUGCUGCCACACUAUCAAACUGGUGCAGUUAAUUGUAUCGUGACUUGGUGUUCUGUGUACAGAAAGCGCCGCUCGGAGCAGCGGCUGUAUUUUAUAGAGAUGUGAUGAAAAAUUAUAAAUUUCAUAUACUUUAUUUCAUUUAUUUUUAGAUUGUACAAUGCACAGUAAACUUGUAAAAACUUAUUUAUUCAAGUGCACAAAGUGAGGAGAUGGAUGAUCUAUUAAGUAGAAAUCACGCUGGUCUGUAGUUCAGGCUGGACCCAGCACCAGGAAAGGAAACUACAGUAAAAGAAGGGGAAUUUGCAACAGCAAAAUGAAAAGAAGGAAAACACAUUUAGGCUUUGGGAAACAUCUGCCUGCCAGCCCCGGUGCUCUGAGGGGCAGCACUGACUGCUCUGCGUCAGAGGCGCUCCCUGUCCCUAAAUCCCUUCUAGGUCGUUAGUGCUCCCUAAUGAGUCUCCCACCUCCAGCAGCCGGGCAUUCACCUUAGACCUGAGCCCUACCUUACCAGCCGCCUGACGGGGCAUCCCGCGGUCACAAAAAGCUGGGCUGAACGCAUUAGCUGUUCAACUCCUGCCUCUCUUUUUGAAGUCAGCAAGAUGCUUCUGCCCUCGUGUGCUCUCUCCUGCUGCCUGGGUCUGGGAGGAACAGUUGUGAGCGCCGUGCUGGCCGGGUUCGAGAGGGUGGGCAGGGAGAGGUGCCCGAAACAGCUCCUACCCACUACAGACUUCAGUUAGGCUCUUUUCUCCGUACCUCAUCCCUGGCAAUCUUAGUAGAGAUUUAGGACGAAUGCAGUUAUUUUGUUGAUUUGUGUGUCUUCCAUAGGCAGCCUUUGUGCGCAGAAACUGUUGAUCUAACUUUGCCUUCUUAUUCGCUGGAAAGGGAAGGGAUGAAUAGCCCUGGAAAUUAGGGACGUUUUGGAACUGUUUUCUGCUUUGCGUGUGGGAGAGGACUUGACAGCCGUGCGCCCUGCUGAGUUAUUAACAGCAAGAUGAAAAUCUGGAAAAGGGCAAAAAUGCUCAGAGGGUGAUAGCUGAGAAACAUCCAGUAGCUUCUAGUAGAAGCCGUACACAGUUUAUGUCCUGGAAUCCAGGAAGACAAUGUAACCCAGAUGUUUUGCAGCUGGGAGUUGGGCAGCUCCAGCUUCUUCUAGAUCCUUGGGUGACUGGAGUUGCAGAGCUGCCUUAGCAUCCUUCCCAGCAAAUGGCAGAGUGCUCAGGUCUUUGAAGGCUUUAAAUUGGUAGGCUGGGCCUGAGCAAUUGCUGGAGGGGCAGGAGCCUUAAUUAAUCUCCCCCCUAUCGUUUAUAACCCUGAUGAGAGGGAUGAGGAAAUACAAGUAGAAGCUUUUAAUCACUCUGCUUUUAUCAGAUCCUUUUCUGAAAAGGGACUGAGAUACGGUGCUCUGUGGACCUCUUGUGCCCCACUUCAUCUCAAACCACAGGAGACAUCCAGCAACUCGGCCGCUGUCGCUUAUUUGGUAUGGGGAGGGUUCGCUUGUGCUCAUACCCGAGGUGCUCAGAGGCCUCUAGCAAAGAUGCCUGUUAGGAGGAGGAACCGACUCGCAGAGCUCUGUCGAACCUUCUGUGCUUUCCAGCACCUGCCUGAGGCCCGUGUCGCCCAGCUGGCUCCUGGCACUCCUCCUGGGCCAAAGAGGAUGGCCAGAUCCUUGUUGCAGGAAUAACUUGCUUUACCCCUCAAGGUUCGCAGCAUUUCAGGAAUUGGUGCCUGGGGAGUGAGACAGAACCAUCAGACGUGGUUUAGUGGUGAACUUGGCAGUGUUAGGUCAAUGGUUGGACUUGAUGAUCUUAAAGGUCUUUUCCAACAUAAAUGAUUCUGUGAUUCUGUGACCCUUCGGAGCAAAGGCCCCGGGCGAGGAGUUUGUCAUCUGCUUUCUGGUGGGUGUUGUGGAAAAUCAACCCCCCCUCUGUCCCUCAGUGUCACCUGCGGUAUCGGGUGCUUUGGUGAUUGGUAGUCAGCUGGUGUCUGCUGCAGGACUUGCUCACGAGCGCCAUCGGAGAUCGGCAGCUCAAGCCCGCUCGCUGUAGCUGAGCACACGUGCGCUGUCAAGAUGUUUUCAACUACCCAGCAUUUUGGAGUCUGCGACUCUCCAGCCUGCAUCUGGGAAGGCCAAAGGAAACCAGAUGCUGACCCAGGAAUAAACUCAUAGUUGGGAUGUACUUGAAAGGGAUUCAGUCUGCUGGCCAACCUGCUGAGCAUCCGCUUCAGCCUCCUGGGGUCCAUUGGGACCGGGCCUUCAUCUACCUCUGCAUCACCUCAGUGCUGCUGUUCCCAGUGACCUGAUGUUUCCAUCUUGGCAGCUCAUGCUGCAGGAGCCUGGAGCUGCUCUGGCCUUGCCGGUGUCUUCCACCCACGCCUGACACCGUUGGAUCCUUCACCUUGCGAUGCGUUGCGUCAUUGCAAUGCGUGUCACUUGUGCGGUGUAUCUAAUCUAAAUCGUCGUAGUAAUCCCUACAGAGAUGUGCUUCCAGAAGGUGCCUGAUGAGCUAACGCUUGUAGGGAGCAGUGUGAGAUGGCGAGUACAGCUUUUGCACUGAUGUCUUAGUAUUGCAUUCGCUGGGAGAUGAUGUUGCCAAGAGAUUUGUGUUGUCUUCCCUGCUCCCUGAUCUUUUACUGCUUUGCCUUAAUCUUGGUCUGGUUCAACUCGUUCCUCCUCUGUCUGCAAAACGGGGAGAGCGUUUACCUUGCUGUCGGGCUGCUGAAGGAAUAGCUUUGAGACGUUAAGAUCUGAUCCAUAUGGCUACAAGAAUAAGACCCUUGUGACCCUACUGUAGGAGUGCUGUGCCAGAGGUCUGAAACGUGUUUUCAGUAAUUGGAGAUACUUUUGAGUAAUCAAAGCCAAACAGCCAGUUCCAAAAAAAGGAAUUCCUUCUGCGUUACCACAUCCUGUUGGGUCCGGUCGUUUCAUGGCUGUCACACAUGUUCCUUCUCCUCCACGCCGCUGCUGCCAGCGAGGGACUCGUCAGGAAGCUAAAAUACAUCUUGUAGCACAUAUGUUGCCAAAAAAAAAAAAAAAAAGGAACUUCCUGAGCGUUGUGCUGAGCAAAACCUGUGCCCCGCUGCUAAAUGUCAGCCUUGAGGAACAAGCCUUGCGCACUCUUCCUUUUUUGGUGAUUUGCUACCUCUGGCUCGCGCUCGCCGGGUUCAGCCCACUGAGACCCACCGUGCUGUGAAGCUGGGAGCGCUCCACUAAACUCGCUGUUUGCUGUGGAUUAGUCAUCCAGCAACGAUUCCUCCAUGAGCCAGGGGCGUCUGGGGCGCCCAGCAGCCAGAUUUCUCUGCUUUUUGUGUAGUUGAGGGAGAAAGUGGGAAAACAUUGCUGGAGGCCAUAGAGGCUUGGCUUGCUGAAACCGAGCCGGUGCGCGGGGUGACAGAGAAGUCAAGCUGUCUUGGUGCAGACGAGGCUGUUCCCCGCAGGAAGGUGUAAAUCGGUCUGGACAACCAUAAUGAUGGGAAGCAUCUUCACCCCUCCUAGUUCAGGUUGCGGAUGCAAUGGGAGAGAGGCGAAGGGGGAGUGCAGCACAGUAGAUGUACGUGACGUUUAGGGAUGGAGCAUCGUCUCUGACUCAGUUCUAAUAGCAGGAACUCAGGUCUCCUUGGCCGGACAAA